AUGGUGUUUAUCGGCCUCCUCUCCUCCGACAAGGCCUCGGCCGACCGGCCGAGGCCGCAGGAGACCGAGUUGCUGCCAGAAUACAUCAUUGACGAGGCCCAGCUCCCGUGCGUACCUCCAGAACGGCCAAACCUGCGGGAGUUAAACACGAGUCUUGAGGCGCUUGCCGCCGUGUUCCCGGACAUCCAAAUCGAGGUCUUUAGGGAGUUGCUGUCCAACUUUGACGGCGAGUCGAGGCUGGCCCUGGUGGCCAAUGCUCUGCUCAAGAACCGAGUCGACUGCGUCAAGGGCCGAUGGAAGGUCGCGGACAAGCAGCAGGCUGCCGCGGCGGCGUUGCCCAAGAGCGACAUGUUCCGAAGCCAGGAAUACAUACAGGCCGCAAGGACGCUGGCCGCACACGAGUUCCGCGGGCUGUCCAGGUCCACCGUCAACGCCGUGCUGGCAGAGUCCAACCACUCCUACCUCGACGCCCGACGGACCCUGGUGGCGUUGUCUUCGAAGUCGUGGCGCUUCACGAUACAGUCGCUCCUCCUGCGACGCAAACCCCUGGCGAGAGGGGAGGCGGAGAAUCAUCCACUGGUGGUGUGGCGAUCGACCGGGCAGGGUUCCAUCACGCCCACCAUCAGGACGACGGAAAAUGCCGAGCUGGACCGCGAACUGUACGACGCACUCGUACGGCCUCUGAAGCAAAAGAUGAAGGAUGACCGAGAGGUCAAGGACCGAGUCUUGGCCGUCUUGCUCAACCAGGAAGAGGCAGAAGCUGCAUCCGCCACGCAUGAAUGCGCCUGCUGCUUCGUCGACUACAGCUUUGAGGAGUUUACGAGCUGCAGCACACACGGGCACAUGAUUUGUCACAACUGCGUCCAAAACUCCAUCAAGGAAGCUCUGUUCGGCCAGGGAUGGCUGAGCAACAUCAACGCCGACACCGGCACCCUGAGGUGCCUGGCGGUCGACAGCGGCGGCGGGUGUCUGGGCCACAUCUCAUCCGACCACAUCCACCGGGCAUUCAUGCAAGAAAAGACUGGCGCAGAAAUCCUCCACAAGCUGGACCAGCGGCUGGCGGAGCUCAGCCUCGCGGCAUCCAAGGUUCCGCUGAUACACUGCCCCUUUUGCAGCUACGCCGAGGUCGACGACAUCUACCUGCCCUCGCGCCAAGGACGGCCGCGCUUCAAUACAAGAAGCAUCCUCAACCUGGCAGUCAUCUCCGUCAUCACGGGCGUCUCGAUGGUCGCGUACCCGUUCGCGCUCGCAGCAGCGCUGAUAUGCCUCACCGUCAGCGUGGGGCUCAACGUGCGGCGAGACAUUGGCGGCGAGUGGAACAAGGCCGUCCACAGGCACUGCCGACGGCGCCGCGGCCUUCGAUUCUCGUGCCAGAACCCGGGGUGCGGCAGGGCGUCGUGCCUGUCGUGCCACAAGGCAUGGGCCGACAUCCACGUCUGCCACGAGUCGUCCCUCGUCGCGCUCCGAACGCAGGUCGAGCAGGCCAUGAGCAUGGCCGUCAAGCGCGUGUGCCCGCGCUGCAGCACGUCCUUUGUCAAGAACGCGGGCUGCAACAAGCUCACCUGCCCGUGCGGGUACAAGAUGUGCUACGUGUGCCGCGCGGACCUGGGCGACGAGGGAUACCGGCACUUCUGCGACCACUUCCGCCCGGACGGCGACCCGCGCGCCUGCACGCAGUGCGACAGGUGCAACCUCUGGGAGUCGGAGGACGUCGACGCCGUGCUCCGCCAAGCCCGCGAGGUGGCCGAGAAGAAGUGGCGGGACUCGGAGAAGCGCGACCUGUCCGGCGUCGACGUCGCCUACCUCGAGACGGGCGUCGCAUCGCGAGGCGCCAACACGACGCUCGAUCAGCUGCUCACCAUGGGGGCCCUGCCCACGCUGUCUGAUUUUCUCGAUCUUCUCGUCGAGGCCAUUUACUUUUGA